AUGGCUGGCUGUAAGGCUGGAAAGGAUUCCGGAAAGAGCAAGACAAAGGCGGUUGGUUUCCCACACACAGCCAGCAUUCUUGCAGUUCAAUGUGGGCCACUAGGACAACCAACCAUUUUUGUCUGCGGGUGUGACUGCUGCUGUGUAUACAGCCCAGCCAUCCUAGAGUACCUCAACACAGAGGUACUUGAGUUGGCAGGAAAUGCAUCAAAAGACUUAAAGGUAAAGUGUAUUACCCCUCUUCACUUGCAACUUGCUAUAAGUGGAGAAUUGGAUUCUCUGACAAAGGCUAUCAUUGCUGGUGGUGGUGUCACCGGACACAUCCACAAAUCGCUGAUUGGGAAGAAAGGACAACAGAAGACUAAGGAUGCCUGA